UAUGAGGUCUCAGAACUAUUUACUUCUGGUUGCCGGAACGAUUGUUCUCCUUCUGGAGAUUCAGAUUUGGCUUGUUAAAGUGUCUAAUGACGAGUUUAAAGCUGUGAAAGCGGCAAGUGUUGCUAAGACUACUGGAGUUGAAAAACGAUCACUUGCAAUUGGCAAUGACGAAGUAAGCGAUCUUGUGCAACAAGGCGAUCAUACUCUUGUGCUGUAUAAUCGUGUACCAAAGACUGGAAGUACGACGUUUAUGUGGGUUGUUUACAAGCUGUGUUCCAAUCUUCAUUACAAUGUAUUGCACUUAAAUAUAACAAAUAAUGAUCUUAUCAUGGCUCCAUCAGACCAGUAUGAUUUUGUUCAAAAUAUUACAAGAUGGAGAGACAAGCUGCCAGGCCUUUACCAUGGCCAUGUAGCAUAUAUUGAUUUUCUUCGGUUUGGUUUUUCUCAGCCACUUUACAUUCAAAUUAUUAGAGAACCACUUGAAAGGCUUGUGUCUCACUACUAUUUUCUUCGUUAUGGUGACAAUUUUAGGUCUCAUCUGAUAAGGUCCAAAAUGGGAGACAAAACAACAUUUGAUGAGUGUGUUCAACAGAAGUUGUAUGCCUGUAAACCAGAACGCAUUUGGCUGCAAGUUGGUCUGUUUUGUGGACAUGAACCACAGUGUUGGAAGCCAGGCAAUGAAUGGGCUCUUAUGACAGCCAAGCACAACUUGGUUUCCAAUUAUUUGUUGGUUGGCUUUACUGACCAGAUACCAGAGUUUAUUGCUGUUCUUGAAGCAAUGAUACCACGUUUUUUCCGAGGUGCAUCAAAAUUAUAUGCUGAAGCUGGAGCAAAAAGUCACUUGAGACGGACCGUGAAGAAAGACAAUAUGAGUGAUGAAACGGUGACAAUCAUGAAAAGUAGUAGAGUCUAUCGUAUGGAAAAAGACUUUUAUGACUUUGCCAGGGUAGUGUUUAAUGACGUGAAAAGGCGGACUGUACCCUUUAAGCAGGAAGCCUCAUUUCACAAGAGAUAUCACUAUGAGAAAAUAAAACCCUAGUUUUUUAUACAAAGGAAAGAGUUGUUUAGUAGCUACAGUUAGAAUUUAUCCCGUCCGUGAGGACGUGUCUUGUCUCUUGUGUUACAUGAAGGGUUGACUGCUUUAAGGAAUAUAGCAACGCUACUAUCUCAUUAAACUGGCAAUUGA